UCAUGACGCAGCGGCUGCAGCUGGACGUCGCUGUGUCAGUAGGUAGUCUGGAGCAGCAGACAGCAGCUCCGGUUAGAACAACAUUCAACAUCAACAGCAACAUCUGAUCAUCUGAUCAUCUGAUCAGCAGCUAACGGAACACUCAGACUACCGGAGCGGCUGAGAUCACCGGGACAUACAGGGGAGAGAGCACUUUAACGGCUCCGGUCGCUGCCAGCAGGUUAACCUCCUCCACCUCCUCCACCUCCUCCACCUCCUCCAGAGGGGGAGGAGCCAGAUGAGUGGCGGCGUUGCUUCUGUUUCCUGUCUGGGAGGAGACAGUGGAACGUCUGAGAGAUGUGAAGCUGAAGGAUCAGAGGAGCUGUCACUCAAACCAGGACCACGCCCCCACCACCACCAGCAACCAAUCAGCACGCAGUCUGGAGGACCAUCAUGCACCUGAAGUCGUAUCCGAAGCUCGUGCGCUCAGAGUUACGUCUGGAUGUGUCCGCCGUUCAGACGUUUCAGCGCAGCAGCGUGUUCAUGAGCCAGCAGGGGGCGCUGCUGAGGACCUGCAGCAUUAACCAUGGCAACAUCAGCAGUAACCAUGGCAACAUCAGCAGCAGCCGCCUCCCGCUCAGCGUCAUCUCCACCAACACGCUACGCUGCGGCAUCGCCACAAACACCACCAACGUCAGCAGCGGCGUGGCGUCGCUCCGGCUGAAAGCGCCACCCAGCGUCGCCCUGCAGCUGCUGCCCCCGCCGCCGGGCUGCGAGAACGACACGCUCAGACUGUACCAGACCGCCGAUGACGGGGACGCCCCGCUGGACAUCUGGACCGUCAUCAAGCCUGGACACGUCCGGGAGAAGAUCGCCAUCUUUGCUUCAGAUGCCGAGCGUACGGACGCCACCGGGGGCGGCGAACGCACCUCGAUCGGCGGCUCCGACGGCCGGGACAGGAUGCCGGCAGCGUGUACGGACCACGCCGCCAUGUCGGGACUUUUUCGGGCCGUGAAGGCGAAGGGAAGCUGGGAGGAAAACUGCAGCGCCAAACGGCGCCGCAGGUCGGAAAACAACCAGAACCUCCAGCAGGAUUCGAGGACCCGGGUCCAGGACGCACAGCAGCACGCCCACAAUCCGUCUCAACGGCGCUCGGACUCGACCCGGCGGUGCGGAGGCGAGGCGGUGACGGCCGUGGAGGAGGAGCAGAAGGUGUCGGUGGUGGAGAUGGUGGCGUUCCUGGAGCAGAGAGCCAGCGAGCAGCAGCAGGACGCCAAACCGCUUCUCGCCAUCCAGAGGAACUCCGCCACCAUCACGCUGUCCAGAGCUCCGCCCCCCGAGCUCAGGGAGGGGUCAGAGGUCAUGGGGGAGGAGCCAGAGAGCGUCAGGGUGUCGGAUAUGGUGGCCAAGCUGGAGUCGGAGUGUCUGAGGAGGAGGAGGACGGAGGGAGACCUGUCGAGGAGCAACAGCCUGAGGAGGGCGGUGGGACGAGUCCUGCUCGCCGCCGCCGACCACAGCCCCGCCCCAUCGGUGACAUCAUCGACAUCACCGAGCUGGGAGACAACCGGGGCCUGCGCCUCAGCUCUGGCCACGCCCCCCUCAGGUGAGGUGGAGGACGCUGUGAGGGCGGAGUCACCGGGCGGCACCCCAGAGACUCUGACAGAAGCCCCGCCCCCUCCGUCUGAAGAGGCGGAGCCUCUGCCCGGCUUGUUGUUUUUGUCCCGGCCUCCGGCCUCAGGGCCCCGCUCCCCUCGCCACAGAACGACCUUUGACCUGGAGCCUGCCCCCUCUCAGCCCCGCCCCCCUCCUGCUCGCUGUGACUCUGGCAGCCAAUCAGAGAAGAGGAAGAGGAGGAGGAAGGCUGACAGAGCUCCAGAAGAGGAGGUGGGCGGCGCCGUAGUGCCUCUGAGCCGGCGUGCGUCGGUGUCGCGGGACUUCCUGUUGAUGCGUCAGCGGCUGCAGCAGCUGUUGGAGCCGCAGCCGUUCCUCGCCGUGCUGCCGCAUCACCUGCUGCUGAAGAUCUUCCUGCUGCUGCCCACGCUGAGCCUCGCCGCGCUCAAGUGCAGCUGCCACUACUUCAAGUUCAUCAUCGACAACUACGCCGUGCGGCCCGCCGACUCGCUCUGGGUGUCCGACCCCCGUUACCGCGACGACCCCUGCAAGCAGUGCAAGAGGCGGUAUGCCCGCGGCGACGUGUCGCUGUGCCGCUGGCACCACAAGCCGUACUGCCAAGCGCUGCCGUACGGCCCCGGGUACUGGAUGUGUUGCCACGGCGCCCGCAGGGACGCGCCCGGCUGCAACGUGGGUCUCCACGACAACCGCUGGGUGCCGGCGUUCCACAGCAUCAACGUGCCCUUUUACAGGAGGCGUCGCCAUGACAACUGACUGACUGAGUGUGUGUGUGUGUGUGUGUGUGUAAACUGACAUGAACUUCAGCUCCCAUGAUGCAACAGCAGGUCAGAUCUGUUGGUGGAACAUUAAAAAAAGAAGAAGAAGAGUCAUCAGAGUUUAAAGGUCAAACUGAACACGUUGACCUGAGUUUCAUGAUGUCACUCAGCAGAGUAGAUGCUCCGCCCCCCUGAUGCUCCGCCCCCCGCCUCACCGCCGCCAUCUGACCCUUCAACUCUCCUCAGAGACGAGGAAGGAGGGCUCCCAGACAGGACUCCUCCUCCUCCUCCUCUUCCUCCUCCUCCUUCUCCUCCUCUUCCUCUUCCUCCUCCUCCUCCUCCUCCUCCUCUUCCUCUUCUUCUUCUUCUUCCUCCUCCUCCUCCUCCUCCUCC